AUGCGAGUCGGCCAGCUUAUACACGACAUAAAUUUGUUCAAAGGAGGAUUCACCAUGUGGACGCCUUCCCGGCGGUUUCCUAGUUGGAGGUCCUUGCGAGGGCUUGACUGGGAGAACUUUCGCCCUGACGUUGAGCGGGAAUUCGGCCAUCUCGUACCUCCGUACUUGAUGGAUGCGGCAUUGCGUUGUGUCACCGAAGGACUUGCUGCCCCAAUGACGAUUCUGUGGGCAUUGGAACUGUUUAAUGAAGAUGAUUCGUGGACGAAGAAGGAAACACUGACCAUUCAUGUAUGUCUGGGGGCUGGCUCGAACUAUUACGAAUACAUUGCUCGGCAAGGAGAAAAGUAUGUCAAACCUGACCUCGCUGUUGCGUUUGAUGCCGGAUGUUCAGAACCCGAAAACAUCGAAUCGUGGAGAAAAACUAUGGCGCAGCUCGUCAAACUGAAAAUUCCAUGCGUGUUCACUGCGUUUUGUCCAGAAGAUUCAAUCAAGGAAGCCAACAUGCUGAUAGACGCCGGAGCAGUUCUUCACAAAGAAUUGACACCCACAAAGAGGAAUCCUUGGGGUAGUCAGAUGGCAACGAUAGAAGCAAUGAAAGUAACUGGAUUUUAUUCUAAGCGCGCGUGGUUGACAGGAAGUUUCUGUCAAUCAUUCCUCUAG